AUGCCAUUCAAAAUUCCGUUAGGUGAACGAGCCGACGAGCAUCGUGUGCCGCCAACUUUCAUUCGACCCCUAGCUGAUAAACGAGCCGUAGUUGGAGAACGUGUAGUGCUACAAUGUCAGUUGGACGGACAUCCGGUACCGGCGGUGAAAUGGCUAAAGGAUGGACAUAACGUUUCGAAUUGUCCAGACUAUGAAUUCGAAGAGGAUGGACUAGUACAUCGGCUAGUCAUCGCACAAGUGCAAGGAGCGGACAGUGGAAGGUUUACAGCUCAGGCAGCCAAUGCAGCCGGUUUGCGUCAAUCCACCUGUAUUCUGAUAGUUGCACCAGCCCCAACACCAGUUCCUGGAGGAAAACAUAACGCUGUGUAG